ACGUUUUAUGCGGACCAGUUUGGUGAAGAUCGUGUGGUCGUGGUCAAAGAUUCCAAACUGAUUGACCGACAAACGUUAGAUCCAUCCAAGGCUCAUCUUCAAAUCACCUAUGUCGAACCGUAUUUCGAAGAAUUUGAUUUGCGUAAAAGGAAAACCGAAUUUCAACGCAAUUACGCAUUGAAUUUCACUUAUCUGGACUAUUUCCACCUCACCCCUCUGCCCCUCCGCCAUCUACUUUUUCUCUAUCUCUNCCCUCAUCUCAUCUCAUCUAAUCCGGUCGGUCACAUACCAGAACGCUUUGUUUAUUGCAUUCCAUUCACCGCAUCCGGAGCGGCUCAUGGAACCAUUGGUGAACAAUUUCAACGUCGGCAUAUCCUCACCGCGGCACGCUAUUUCCCCUAUGUAAAAUCACGUCUAGUCGUGAUAGACACAAAACAGGAAAUUCUCUGCCCGAUCGAAGUCGCAUUGGAAGAUGUACACGGUCGAGUGAAACAGUUGGAUCAAGCGUUAAACAAAGACCCGGUCGACGUGAAAUUUCUGCAAAUGGUUCUACAGGGUGGGAUUGGUACUACCGUGAACCAAGGCCCAGUCGAAGUGGCCAGCACAUUUCUACGCCCGUCCGCGAACGGCGAAAUGGAUUCGCAUCGAUCUACGGCCGUCACCGACCCGACUGCCUAUGUGGAUUGUCAAAACCGAUUGCGGAUUUGUUUCCGUCAACUGCUUGACAGAUCGUACAAAGCUUUGUGCGUGAAUCGCGAUCUAAUCGGUCCAGAUCAAGUGGAAUAUCAUCGUGAAUUAGAGCGUAACUAUACCAACGUGCAAAAUCUGCUCGCACCGUUGCUCAAAUUUGAUUCCACACUCUGA